CAUGAACGAGCCUGCUUCAAACACGGCAUCAUCUGCCACCCACCAAAGCCAAGCUGAAGCCAGAACAACCUCGUCGAUUCCCGAUAUCACCCAACUCUCACUCGAACCCAACCCAGAUAUCUUCACCAUCGUCUGCUGCAACGACAGCUUCCAGCUUGCGAUUGAUCACAGCACCAUCAAGAUCCUGCUCAGAGUAUGCAAACGAGCCCGACCCCUCCUGAGCUCCAAGGUGCCUCGCUUCCACAGUUGGUCCCAGAAUGCAGGAUUGUGUCAUUCAGAUGGACAGCUGCGGAUCGGUCUCACCCCCAGCGACACGAUUGCCAUCUCGCUGCACUGUGAUGAUCAAGAGACAGCUGAUCGAUCCUGGCUCGUUGCUCAGGCAGAGCAUGGCAAUGCUGCCGCAUCAUAUUUCCUGGCAAGGAUCCUUCAAAUCGAGGUUGAAGGGCAACCCUACAUGGAACGAUCCAAGAGGCAAAGCGUCCUCCAGCAAAUCUUCCGCUUUCUGGAGAAUGCAGCCAAAGGUGGCCAUUCAAGGGCCCAGUACGACCUCGCUGGGUUUUAUCUCAACGGAAUUGAAGUCGACAAAGAUCACACCAAGGCCGCGGAGCUAUACCGUGGUCCUGCAGAUCGUGGAAUUCCUCGGGCUCAGGUCGCUCUUGGCCGAUGCUACGAGAUCGGCGAAGGUGUCGAACAAAGCUACGACACGGCCAUUGAGUGGUAUUCCAAAGCAGCAGAUCAAGCCAACGAAGACGGUCGACUCCAUAUCUUGUGGAUCGGAAUUUGCUACUCCUUUGGCGGGGGAGUAUCGAAGGACCACAAGAAGGCAUUCGAGUGGUUCAGCAGGUCGGCUGACCAAGGCAACUCGUACGGCCAGUGGUGGGUUGGUAAUUGCUAUCUCUGUGGACGUGGAGUUACCGAGGACGAACGCAAGGCAGUCGAGUGGUUCCUCAAGUCGGCCGAACAGGGCAAUCGAUACGGACAACAUUAUCUCGGCGACUGCUACAGAUAUGGCGAAGGUGUCCCCAAGAACAUUGACACCACCGUUUUCUGGUGGCGCAAGUCCGCCGACCAGGGUUUCCAAGCUGCCAUCAACAACCUCAAGAAACUUGGCAAAUGGCCCUGAUUCCCGAAUUCCACUCCCGAACAACAAAAUCGCAACACUGAACUUGCAAGCAGCCAAGCAAACCGCGCCGCCAACACCCAUCCCAACCACCACGAUGCCAAAGAGUGGACUUGCAGAGUGGUUCCGAUGAAGCGGCAAUGGCCGAAUGAUGGUGUAUUUGACAUUCAGUACAUCCAAUACAUCCAAUACAUC